UAUCGUUCGCUCGCUCGUUGGUUAUUUUUCUUUUUUCCUUCUUUUUUCUCGGUUCUCGUAUCAUCUUCCUUUCUUCCUUGAAACCGUCGCGUGCCUGUUCUCUUCCUUUUCGACGCGCCUCUCUACUUUACAAACACACGCUUGGUGUCUUUCUUGUACUAUUGCCCUUUCUCUUUCUUUUCUCUCUCUAUCUCUUUCUCUCUCUCUCUUUUUCUCUUUCUCUUUCUUUUUUCUCCCGAUAUCUCGGUCAGUUUCCGUUAUUGUCGCGAAGAGCGUUAUAUGAGUAUACAACCUGAGAGAGACAAGUAAAAAAAACUCCUACGUUCAAAAAGGAACGUGAGAUAUAUACGGAAGAAGGAUGAACGACAUGGAGGCCUACGGGGACGGAUACAUGGAGCCCGAGGAGGAGUGGGAGAGAGAAGGUCUCUUGGACCCAGCCUGGGAGAAACAACAGAAAAAGACAUUCACAGCAUGGUGUAAUUCACAUCUUCGUAAAGCAGGCACUGCCAUCGAAUCGAUCGAAGACGACUUUCGAAAUGGGUUAAAACUGAUGUUGCUGUUAGAAGUUAUUUCAGGAGAAACCCUUCCACGACCUGAUAGAGGCAAAAUGAGAUUUCAUAAGAUUGCUAAUGUGAAUAAAGCCCUUGACUAUAUUGCAAGUAAAGGGGUAAAAUUAGUCUCUAUUGGAGCAGAAGAGAUUGUUGAUGGUAAUUUAAAAAUGACAUUGGGUAUGAUAUGGACUAUAAUUCUGAGAUUUGCUAUCCAAGAUAUUUCCGUUGAGGAAAUGACAGCAAAAGAGGGGCUGCUGCUUUGGUGUCAACGUAAAACUGCACCAUACAAGAAUGUUAAUGUUCAAAAUUUCCACUUAUCCUUCAAAGAUGGUCUUGCAUUCUGUGCUCUCAUCCAUCGUCAUCGUCCUGAUCUGAUCGAUUACAAUAAACUUAGCAAGGACAAUCCUUUGGAAAACUUAAAUACUGCCUUUGAUGUUGCUGAGAAAUAUUUGGACAUUCCUCGCAUGUUAGAUCCUGAUGAUUUGAUCAACACUCCCAAGCCUGAUGAGCGAGCAAUCAUGACGUACGUCUCCUGCUACUACCAUGCCUUCCAAGGUGCUCAGCAGGCUGAAACAGCAGCUAAUAGGAUUUGUAAGGUUUUGAAAGUAAAUCAAGAAAAUGAAAGACUGAUGGAAGAAUAUGAGCGUUUGGCAUCCGAUUUAUUGGAAUGGAUUCGUCGCACAAUGCCGUGGCUUGCUAGUCGUCAAACAGACAAUUCUCUCGCUGGUUGUCAAAAGAAAUUAGAAGAAUAUAGAACAUAUCGUCGUAAGCACAAACCUCCGCGUGUUGAGCAAAAAGCUAAACUUGAAACCAACUUUAAUACUCUGCAAACUAAGCUGAGACUGAGUAAUCGUCCUGCAUAUAUGCCCACCGAAGGAAAAAUGGUAUCAGAUAUUAAUAAAGCCUGGAAAGGCCUAGAAUUAGCAGAGAAAUCCUUUGAAGAAUGGUUACUGUCUGAAAUGAUGCGUCUAGAAAGAUUGGAGCACUUAGCUCAAAAGUUCAAGCACAAAGCCGAUGCACAUGAAGAUUGGACAGCAGGUAAAGAAGAAAUGCUUACUUCACAGCAUUUCCGACAAUGCAAGUUAAACGAGUUGAAGGCUUUAAAAAAGAAGCAUGAGGCCUUUGAAUCGGAUCUUGCGGCACAUCAAGAUCGUGUAGAACAAAUUGCUGCAAUUGCUCAAGAAUUGAAUACAUUGGAAUAUCAUGAUAGUGCAUCUGUAAAUGCUAGAUGUCAACGAAUUUGUGAUCAGUGGGAUCGUUUGGGUACACUUACUCAACGUAGACGUCAAGCACUUGAUGAAGCAGAACGUAUAUUAGAGAAAAUUGAUGUGUUGCAUCUGGAAUUCGCAAAACGAGCUGCACCGUUCAACAAUUGGUUGGAUGGAACUAGAGAAGAUCUUGUGGACAUGUUUAUUGUACAUACAAUGGAAGAAAUUCAAGGUUUGAUGGAUGCACAUGCUGCAUUUAAAGCAACUCUAGGUGAAGCUGAUAAGGAAUACAAUGCAAUUGUGGGAUUAGUACGUGAAGUUGAAUCAAUAGUUAAGCAGUUCCAGAUUCCAGGUGGUCUUGAAAAUCCGUAUACAACUCUUACCGCUUUGGAUCUAACUAAAAAAUGGAGUGAUGUCAGGCAACUGGUACCACAACGUGAUGGUACAUUACAAGCUGAACUUCGCAAGCAGCAAAAUAAUGAAUUACUUCGACGACAAUUCGCUGAAAAAGCAAAUGCCGUUGGACCAUGGAUAGAACGACAAUUGGAUGCUGUUACUGCUAUUGGCUUGGGACUUCAAGGUACGCUAGAAGAUCAAUUGCAUCGUUUGAAAGAGUACGAACAAGCUGUUUAUCAAUAUAAGGCACAUCUUGAGGAAUUAGAGAAAAUUCAUCAAGCGGUCCAAGAAGGCAUGAUCUUUGAAAAUCGUUACACACAAUAUACGAUGGAAACAUUAAGAGUUGGUUGGGAACAACUUCUAACAUCUAUUAAUCGUAAUAUUAAUGAAGUUGAGAAUCAGAUUCUUACAAGAGACUCCAAGGGCAUUACUCAAGAACAACUUAAUGAAUUCCGUAGCAGUUUCAAUCACUUUGACAAAAAUAGAACAGGUAGAUUGGCUCCAGAUGAAUUCAAAUCGUGCCUCGUUUCUUUGGGCUAUUCUAUUGGAAAAGAUAGGCAGGGUGAUAUUGACUUCCAACGAAUAUUGGCGAUCGUUGAUCCUAAUAAUUCAGGUUACGUGCACUUUGAUGCAUUCUUAGACUUUAUGACGCGUGAAUCUACAGACACUGAUACUGCUGAACAAGUGAUCGAUAGUUUCCGCAUUCUUGCCGGUGACAAGCCAUAUAUUCUACCUGAUGAAUUGAGGAGAGAAUUACCUCCCGAUCAAGCUGAAUAUUGCAUUCAACGAAUGCCACCAUACAAAGGUCCGAAUGCAAUUCCUGGAGCUUUAGAUUACCGCUCAUUUUCUACUGCAUUGUACGGUGAAUCAGAUCUCUAAUUUAAUAUUACGAUGUAUCGAACAAAUUACAAAUUGUUCCCAUCUUGAAAGGCAAAAAUUAAGUGAAAUCAAAAAAUAUUAAUUUUACCUUUUUGCUAUUUUGGUGUGUACAUUCAUAAUUUAUUAAAAAUUAUGGAAUCACCCAAUUUUCAAAAAGGACAAUAAAGGACAAGGAUUGUUAGUUAGUAUGGGAAUGCUAUUAAUAACAUGUACGUGUAAAAAAAAGGGCAAUCUUUUAUCAACUUGGUGUUCUGAAAUAAUCGGGAAUAGACCAAUAAGUUCUACACGUCAUGAGUAUUAGCAUUAAAAGAUUGGUGAUAUCUUUUUAAUGUAAAGGAUUAAAAAACAAAAAAAAAGAAAAAGAAAAAAAUAAUUCAAAUACAGAUGAAAAUAUUUAUUUAUUCCAUAUUCUCGGGCUAAUUACCCUUGUUAUCUUUUAUGAAUUAUACAUAUCCGUUGAUUGUUAAGAACGGCUUGUACUUAAAUAAGACUAUACUGAAGGGACAAUAAUACUUAUUUCUCUGAUAUCUUUACAUUAAAAAGAUAACACGUUAAAAAAAAAAAGCAUCAAUAUAACGACUCUUCUAGAACACUUGUCAAGCGCCUAUCCUGCAUCAUUUUAGGUAUACAAUUUUCCUUAUGCCCGCAAACAUGAAUGAUCAUAAACGAUAUUUUCUUGCAAGCGUUCUAGAGGGAGAAAAUAAACGAAGCUGUGCUUGAAAACGACUAUUAAUAUAAAAAAAAAAAAAAAAAAGAAAAACGAAUUUUAUAUUACGAAUAAUUCAUAUCUCUUAUUGCGAGAGCAUAUACACACACACACACACAUAUAUAUAUAUAUAUAUAUAUAUAUAUAUAUAUAUAUAUAUAUAUAUAUAUAUGGCUAAUAUUACUCCAACUAUUUAAGAAAUAGUAAUGUUUACACAUUUAUAUCAUUAUGAAGAUCAGAUUCACAAUGAAUAAAAUAAAAAUUCAAAUCAUAUGGUGUAUUUAAAUCCUGUUAAUUUAGUGGAUGUUUAUAUAUACAUAAUAUUAUAUUGUAUUAAAUUGCAUGAUAUAAUUUGUUUUUUUUUUUUAUCGAAACAUCUAGUAUUAUUAUAUAGUUGGAGUAAUUUCCUAUCCUUCCUAAAGCUUUGAGUCAAUGCUCUCGCGAUGGGUCAAAUUCAUCUAACGCUAAGAUUAUAAACGAUAUAACGAAUUUUACGAACUUUAAAGGUGAAUGAAUCGACUUUCUUACUAAGGAUCCAAAAAACUCGCUCGAAAUCGAAUAAUGUUCAUAUUUUUUUAUAAAAAGCGAUACACAACGAACUAUUAGCGAAAACGCCACAUUAUAAUACUUUAUAAAUCGUAUAUAAACAAAAAAAGGAAAAAAAAAAAAAGAAAAAAAAAGAAGUACGCGAAACAAUGUUAAACAAAUGCAAAUUAUUUAUUUAUUUGAUUUAAUUAUUUAUUAUUGUUCUCCGAUUAAUUAAUUACGCUAGCAAAUGUGAGAAACACUCUCUUUUUUUUUUUUUUUUGUCAAAGUAUUUAUUUUUAUAAAUAUCUGUGAAGCGAUGAGGCCACUGUGUAUAAUAUAUAGGAUCUAUUAUCUAAAAUCUUUUCUCUCCAAACAGCAGCUGCCAUUUCUCGUGUCAUGUUUUUAAACCACAUUUUACACACGCUCGCAGCGUUAUCCAUUAUUAUAGUCAAAGUCACCGUCGUUCAAAUCAUCCUAUGUACAAGCUCAUGUGUGAAAUGCAUUAAUACUUACCGAGAGACGUA